GCGCGAUCUGCCUUUGAAUGAGGAUCUUUUUGUAAAUGGCUGCGUCGCGGACGAACCGAAUAAUACGCGUUUUAAUCUCAAAUCAGUUGUACUUUCCACUCAAGUAUUGUCCAUUUUAAAUGUUUUAGAUGUAGAUACAUCGGCAUCCAUAUCUACCAAAUAGUUGUCGACUGAAUCGACUUGAUCGAAUGUUGCGAACAAAAACCCUCAUCCAUACACGGGGGCAGUGCAUGCUCAUAAUGGAUCGCAAUAUUUAAAAGCUGAAAACGUUUUCGUGGUUGCGCAUAGUGACGUUCGUGAUAUUCUCCUUAUAAAUGAAGCAGUGUAUAAAUCUUUAACUAAAUCACAACAUUUCAUUGAAGCUAAUUAUUUCGUUGAAGAUGCAACUAUUGCAAUGACCCUAGAAAAAGUUGAACAAACGAAAAAAUCGGCUAAUAGUGUAUCAUAUCUGUUGGAUGGGAAUUUGAACUCAUUUCUCAAUCAAGGAUUUUCUAAAGAAAUGAAAUUCAAAAUGAAUGAAUGUAACAAUAAUAAAACGAAUGUUAUGAUGAGAUCAUUGGACGGAAAAACUCAGGAUGAAAAUGAACUGAAGCCGGUAGUCGUACCGAUUGGCAGUAGCGUUUUAUCGGCAGCAGUAGAUAUAUCAAAAUUGGCCAAUUUCGGAAAGACGAAAAGAGAAAGUGGUUCCUUAAACCUUUCUCGGUCUUUCGUAUCCCUUGAUGCAAGUAGUUCAGUGUUACCUUCACGUACAAUCCUUCGACGACAGAGGCGAUUACAAUCCCAGGAUACAGAAGACAAGCAGGAGGAUUCAAUCGAGAGGUUGAAUCGUUUGCGCGCUCGAAUAUCGGGAGCAUUAAGUGAAGUGAAGGGUGUAUUAAAGCAUUAUAGCACCGAUGAUAGUGUCGAAACUGAAAACCCAAAAAGUAAAACUGACGAUGCCUUAGAAAAAUCAGAGACAAAACCAAUUGUAACCCCAAUACAAAAUGACGGUCCUGUGAGUUUUCGUUUCGUUAAAAGAAUAAGACGGCGGAGCACCUUUAAUGAAGAUGACGUCGAUGAAUUAAAAAAAGAAACAGGGAAAAAAGUUACAGAAUCUAUAAAUAAUGAUGAAAUUCAUAGUAACUUACUUUCAAGAAAAGGUGAAGAAAUAAAAUCAGAUGCAAAACAUGUAGAAAGUGUAACUUCUUCAAUUCGUUCAGAGAUUAUACAUCAAAAUGACAAUAAACCAAAUGAAAAAUCUGAUUUCGAAAGACUUUUGUACGUAAAUGAUGUAGAACAAUGUACUUCUAAAAAUAUUGGAGAUGAAACUGAUAACUCAAAACAUAGAAAUCAAUUUGAAUUUAGUCGUACGGGUACCAAUGAUAGCGAUAUUGUAGAUCCUAUGUUAUUGAAGACGUUGGAGCAAAAUAGAGUUAAUAAUGAAUAUCCAAUGGAUAAAAUAUUAACAAAAUUUGACUCCGCUGAAAACAAAAUACCGAUAGAAGAAAGUAAAAAUCAACAAAAGAGUUUUGCAAAAUCAAAAUCAAUUACUCGUCGUGCCUCUGUUGCCGCUGUUGAAGGUUCACAUAUUGAUCUCCCGAUAAAGCAAGCCGCUCCUAUUGUGGUUAGCAUAGAGAGAAGACCUUCUGAUUCUGAAACAGUGAUAAAAAGAAAAUUAAAAACUUCUGCCAACUUUACAUCAAAUGUAAAAGAAAAAAUCACCAAAGUGAAACGUUUGCCCGUUAAUAAAAGGACUCUGGAGAUAAAUCAGUACAAUAAAAGUUCUGCAAUUUCUGCAAACUCCACAGAGGAAAUCGCAGUUGAGAAAGCAGCAACUAAUGUAACUGUGCCAAACACCUCAAAUACAUUGUCAACACAAUUAGCGAUCACAAUCGCAAAGGAUGAUGCAUCAAAAAGAAGUGCCGAAAGGCCAGACGACAUGAAAAGCGAGGCAAUGCAGCCAUUAUCAAUGACAACAAACAACUCGUGGCCGACAACGAAUUUUGUUGAUGGGGACGGUGUAAUGGUGACCGCAUUAGUAAAUUCAUUGCAGACUGUCGAAGCAAGUAGUCAUACAAAACACUUAGAGACGCAACCGUCAAAUGCCUUAAUUGAAUGUAUAAAAGUGGGUAAACCCGUGAUAGAAAAAGUGGAGAAGCACAGCAUAGGUGAUAUUCAAAUCGAAAUUGAGAUAACACCAAAUUAUUGUGCAGAUACUCAGCAAGAGUCCACAGCUGAUGGUAAUUUAAAAGUAGACAAAAACUUAAAGCUUUUGGAAUGUGUAGGUCAUUUUAAGGAUACUGAACAACUAACAAUAAAAACAGAAGAGACAGAUUCUGUUUUCAGUAGAAUCAAUAAAUUUCAAAACUCAGAACAGCCUACUCAAAACGUUUUCAAUCAGUUGUUGUCUUCGCCAACGGUCAAUAUGCCAGAGUUACAAGUAACUCCUAUACCAGUUAAACCGCUGCAUGUUUUUGCAGAAAACAAUGCUGAUAAAAUAAAUAGUCCAACGAAGAACACAACAGUCAAUCAAAUCAUACGUAAUAUCUCAGUAGAUGAAUCCUCUGAAGUAACGAAAAUGAAUAAUAGUUUAAACACAAAAAUUGAAGAAUCUGAAGAAGGCGAAAUAAUUGACAAUCUGAUUUUGGGUGACAUUUUAAUAGAGAAUGCCUCAUGUGCAAGUGAAGAAAAUAUUUUAAAUAACGCCAUUUCAAUUACAGCAGAGUGUGCUUUUGAGGAGCCUGUUGCUCCACUACAACUCAAGAAAUCACGAAAAGUAAAAAAGAAGGUAAUAAUAAAACGGCAGCACCGUAAACUAUCGGUAAGUGAGAAUACUUUCUUCAAAGAUACCGAGCAACCAGAUAUUUUACCAGCCGCUACUGAAACUCUUGAAAAAACAAUAGCCUACGUAACAGAUGAUGAGGACGACAUCGCACUUCAUGAUGUGAAAUCCGCCAAGCCCAUAAAAUCUUGCAUGAAGGCACGAGAAUUUCAAGUGGGUGAUUGGGUUAUGUAUGGAGAGCGUUUCCGUAAAACUCAAAUUCGUUGGAAAAAAGGUCAAAUUUCUGAGCGCAUUACAAGUAUUUCGUAUAAAAUCAAUAUCGAUGAUAAAGAGGUUUCGGCACAUAUUAACUACAUUAAAAAAUAUACUGGCCGACGGGUGAAUUUCGGUGGCAAAGAGUAUCUGGAAAUCGAUUAUGAGCAGAUAGCGGAAGAAGAGCGUCGGGCGCAUACUUAUAGUAUUUGGAACAUGGUUUAAAGGUCAGGAACUAGAAGUCAUUCAUAGUUAUUGUAUAACUAAACUGUUAUAUAAUUAUUUAGACCAAAGACUCCUUAAAGACGGAUAUGUAUAUACUGUAAAAAUCUUGUAUAUAUUUAUCAUUGCAAAAUAGAAACAGUUCCUGUUUUAAUUUGUGCUUCUAGUGCUUAUUGCCAAAUCGUUUUGUAAAUAGUCUUGUUUUUAUUUCCCAUAAAUAUUUAUUGUAGAUUGUAGAAUAUAUAUGGUUGUUCAUUUGAUAUUGCAAUAAUAUUAUCCAUUCAUAAAUGUAAAUAGUAUGUAUUAGUAAGUCUUCACAAGUUAUGGAUACGACAUGUACAUAAAAGCCAAAAUUAAAAAAUUCUCUACUAAAUGAGAAAUGUAAUAUAGUAGAACACCGUAUUUAUCUUUCAGCAUCAAAAACAAACAAGAAAACAAUUAUUGUAAAUAUUAAAGUCUGAAUUUAUGUAAAUAAAAUAUAAUUUAAACAAAGAAAACUUGGA